GAAUAAGCCAGGCUGAUGUCAAAUUGACAAACAGCCAACACGAAUAGCUUAGUGAAGUGUCAGCAUGACAAGAACCGUUUCAGUUUCCGAUUUGUUUGACAUUAUUGUGCGAUCGUGUCAAACUGUCAGCGCGCGGUAAAUAGUACACGUCCUCGUUUUUUAUUUUUUCACGCCACAAUCUUAUCAGAUUUCGUUAGUACAGUGCAUUUUGUGAAUAAUUCUACAAAAGAAUGUCGUCGACUGAAGAUACUUCUCAACAGCCUCAACUCAAGGCUGGACAUCCACCAGCAGUGAAAGCUGGUGGUAUGAGAAUCACCCAGCACAAGACUCCACAUGCAAAAGACCCCAAGGAGCCAGCAAACGAAGACCUCACCGGGCUGUCUGGUCCGUCUCCAGUUCCGUCCAACCCUGUCUCAAUCUCCGGUGCUCCUAAUAGAGGUAAUGCUGACUUUACUCCAGAAGCUGCUCAGGUAGCGCAUAGUCCAAAGCCUCCAGCUAAUUUCAACAUCAAGCCCUACCCGCACAUCCAACAGCCAAGAAAGUAGACUGAUAAAGGUGUUCAUAUAGGCAUAUCAACAACUUGGAAUGCACAUUAGGUAUUUAAAAUAUACAGUGAUUUUUUUUAAAUCACUGAAGAAUUGGCAAAAGUAGUUUAAGUAACAAUAGUUUGCAUCAAAGAGCUUGAAGCAAUAAUAAUAAUAUAACUCAUGUAACAAAAUGCCGUCAACUUUGAUUAAAAAUUUCUUCACAUUUGCAAACUUUAUACACUGUCUAAUUAUGACUUUUACAGCUGUUCAAACUUGAGUCAAUGACAAAAAAACUUUAUUAAAUAGAAAAACUUAUACAGCAGCCUUUGAAAAACAACAUUAAAACAAGGAAAACCUCAAUUGUUUUUGUAAUUGCUUGUCAAAAAAAAUCUCUACCAUUACAACUUUAUUUUGUUUUUUGUUUCAAAGAAGAAUGGGAAUAUGAAAGUCUUUGAUUCAAUAUGGAUAAUUGCAAUUUGAUACUUAAAUUACAUAUCUAAUGUGUAUAAUUUGUAUGCCUAAUUUUGUGAUUAGAUUGGUAUAAUAAGAAAAUGUAUAUACUACGUAAGUUCAAAGUAUGUAGUGAAAGAUCCAUUCUACAAUAAAUUGUGGUUAAACAUUGUUCUUAAUCUUGUAAGAAAUCUAUUAUAUAUUGGUACUAUAAAUCUAGUAUAAAUCUCCCAAAUCCUUACUGAAAGAGACAUUUGGGAAUGGUAAUUUGCAAUAAUCAUUGCAACUUGUACUCUAAAUAUCUAUGACAUAGGUAGAGUUUGAAUUUAAACCAUAUUUAGGUAUUUAAGUUUUAAACUCAGAAAACCAGUUGACAGUAGUCGCCCAAGUGUGUUUAGGGAAUCAGUUUCUGGGUGGCUCUAUUUUGGACUUAUACUUUUUGAUAAUAUAGUGGUGUCAAUUCUGAGAUGUUCCUUUUAAAACUAAAAAUUUAUUUGACAACAGAGUAUCCUUGUCUUUUUCUGAUCAGAAUGAUAAUGGGGAGACUAAUGUUAAAUUAAGUUUUAAGUUUAGAGAAUCAUGCUAGAAUCGACACCAUUAGAUGUGUAAAUUAAAAACUUUUACUAAAUAAGAUAAAACGCAAAAUAGGAAAAAUUAAAAUAGUUUUUCUCAACCCCUGGCAGUAAACAUCCACUUACACAAACGGGGGGUUAAUUGGCUGACGAUGAGGAAAUACUAACACAUCCUCUUUUUCCACACGGACUCCCUAUAGUUGACGCGACGCGCCCAGCCCGUUUGCGUUUAGUGCGCGCGCGCUGACGAUUGGCGUCGUUCGAGAACUUAUGUAUCACUUUGUGGUACAAACCGUUAAAAUACACCCGCAAGUGGGUACAUUAAUAGGCUGACAUUAAAGCAAAAGCAUGCAAAUACAGGGGUCUAGGCUCCGAAUAUGAUUUUGUGCCAUUCGGUGUCGAGACCCUUGGUCCGUGGGGUCCUAGCGCUAUGAGGUUUUUUAAGGAAAUAUCAAAGGUUAGUCGACAUCACUGGAGACCGAAGAGCUGGCAGCUACCUCGGACAACGAAUUAGUCUAGCUAUUCAAAGGGGGAACGCUGCCAGUAUCUUCGGAACCUUGCCUAAAGGGACUCCUUUUAGUAAUAUAUUUUAGUUAUUAUAUUACAUUUUUUAAGGUUUUUAGUUUAAGGUUCAUUGUUCCUGUAUAUAUUAAUGUACAUAUAUAUAUAUGUUAUAAUUUAUUAAAUUAUAGGCUGACGAUAAUGAAAUACUAACACGUCCUCUUGUUCCACACGGACUCCCUAUAGUUGACGCGGCGCGCCCCGCCCCGUUUGCGUUUAGCGCGCGCGCGCUGACGACUCGCGUCGUUCGAGAACUUAUGGAUCACUUUGUGGUACAAACAGCGAGAUGAAGCGUUCGACACCUAUACGAAAUAUGGGCAAUAUCUUUAAUUUUAUUAGUUCCAUUCUUAGUUUGAAUAAAAAAGGGAAGAUACGAGCAUGCUCUUUGUUACAUUUUACACAAAUUAAAUUGAAAAUUUGAAAUACCCGCGAUGUCUUCAAACCGCUUAACAAAUCUUCAUAAUUUAUAGCUGAGAACCGUCUCGAUCAUGUCAACUUAAAAAUAAUAAAAAAAUGGAUGCGUGUAACUUAUAUACGCGCGUGAGAAGUUAUACUUCUUUAGCAUCAUUAAAAAUAUUUUUUAAUUGCAUGCAAAUAAUUAAUAAUUACAAUAAAAUAAUAAAAGGACUGGGAAAGGAUAGUUAACACAGUCAAUUAAGUUCAGUUUUAAUUUGAAAAAUUAAAUAAAUAUUCAAAAUAUUCAAUUAAAAUCACUACUGAAUUUAAGUUAUUAGUCCAUAUGUAAUUAGCACUUGUAAGUAACUAAAACACUUGUGCCUAUAUAGAAACUAGAAACAUGUGGAUAAAUAUUAUAAAUAUGAAAACAGUGAUCAGAGGCGACGAGCGUGCCAACAUUGUUUUUGACAACGCGAUCAUCUUAUGGAGCUCCGUGGAUCGUUCAAAGUACCUUUCGGACAGAUGUCUAAUAAUGGUGGAUUAUUAACCACUAAGUGAUUAAUAAUCCACCAUUAUUAGACACUAACAUUCAUAACGCGCCCGCGGCCAACUUCAUGGUGUUACUAUUGUGUUACAGUGAUGCGCGCGCAUCUAAAAAUUUCACUCUCAUCAUUUUUUCAUAACGCGCCUAAAGAAGUAUAACUUCAAAAACUGUUUCCAAAUCGGUCUAUAUACCUACAAAUAUAACACGUCAAACCAAGUAUAGGGUGAAAUUGAAUGUUUUAAUGAAACUUCGUGAGAUUGUUGGGUUACGUGUACAGAAGAUGCCUGAUUUUUUUCGGAUUUUUUUAAAUUAUUGUUUUCAUUUUUAUUUGGUUAUUUUUUUGUCAUUUCUUCCUUAUGAGUAAUUAUUCAUUUUAAACACGACAUAGAAGUUGUAAAACAACUUAAAAUAAGCACUCCUAAAAAAACCGAAACUUAAUGAAUGCCUCCAGUCGAGAUCAGCGCCGGCCAGAAGCAAUGACCGGCGGCCGCCUGUGUUGGUACCUACUACACGCACAGAUGACUCGGCGCUUACCUACUUUCCGCUUUGAUUCCACACUAUUUAAAAACAUUACAAUAAAAUAGUCUUAGAUGCUGUAUUAUAGUUAUUUAUUCACUGAUACCACAAUACCUCUGAAUAUUAUUUCAUAAAGCACAGGUAAUUAAUCAAUAAAAUAAAUCUUCUGUUAGAGCAAUUAAAAAUCCUAUAAAUUUAACAUGACUGUCACGAUUUUAAAUCGGUAAAGCCUGUCUGUGAGUGUAAGAACUUCUUUUUUAUUGAUAAUGUUAGUUGCCUCGUUUAAUUAAAACUUAAGAACAAACGGCUUAUUUAAAAUUGUGAAAAAUCAUACAGAGCAAAUCGGUAUAACUUACGAGCUUAGUGAAGGAAGGAACUCUUCGUGUCUGAUAUGCCCACGUCAUGAAAUUCCGAACACAUUUAAUCACAGCCACAAUCACACACACACACACACACAUAAUAAUAUGUUGUUUUGCGGCAAGCACGGGCGGGCGGCGCGCCGCACGCUGGCAAGAAACAUGCAGCGCUAGCACCGGUUGCGGCGUCUUUGAUGAUGUGCAUUCCGCCCACCUCCCCUCUUCCCCGCGUGCGGUGCUUUGCUUUGAUUGCAUGCAAAGCGCAGUCCAUAGAGUACAUUAUAUACUAGUCGCAAGUAUAUCAAUCGCGCGUGGGCGUGCGCAUCUUUUGACUUAGUGACAUACACUGUGAUAAUUUCAUUAUGCCUCGGUAUACGAACCAAGAAUAUUUAGAGACAGUGUACUACUAUCGCGAGUGUGACGAAGCAGUUUUGGUUUACGAAUGAGUCCCCAAACCAUAGAAGUUGCAUUUUGUGCAUUAAGUAGUGAUAGGGACACUUUAAAAAUGGUGGAAAGACACGUCCGCAAACGUGCCUACCUUUGUUUGCAGCAAAAUGGUGGUUUAGAGCAACAAUUUUGCAGAUAAUAAUUUAAGUCUCUUUUUAUUGCUAGUGUAAAUACUUUUUGAUUUGAAACAACUAAUUGUGUACUACCAGUGUGAUUGAUUUGAUAAAAAGUUUUAGUGAAACAAAUGAAUAUGUUCCUCGUUCCUCGUUGUACCUACCUACAUCGCAGGUCUCGUAAGUACUGUCUAAUACCUAGUUAUAAAUUUCUUUCUGAACCAUGUAUUAAACUGCAAUAAGUAUUUGUUUUUGUAACAAAAUUAUUAUUAACUUUUUAGGUAUUUUUCUCUGAUAAUGAGAAGAUAACACUUGUUCUUUAUUUAAAUAAAUCUGUUAUUGUAAUAUGGCAUCUAAGGCCCGUAUGAAUAGAACGCUCUCAACUCUGAGAGCGAUCUUGAGAUGCUGUUUUGUAUGAACACAGUAUCUCAAGGUCGUAGUCUCAGAAUUGAGAGCGAUCUAUUCCGUAUUAAUUGCCUUUGACGAUUUUACUGUACUGUACAGUAGAUACUCGCCGCGUCAGCUGUGUGCGGUCGUUGCCCCCGGCGUCUGUCGGCCUUGCCUGGCCGCAUCCACUAUUUUAUUCGUUUAUUUUAGAAGUGCUUAUUUAUUUGUUAUAUUUCACAUACUAUGAAUACGUGUUUAAAAAUAAUUAUUACUCAAAAAGAGGAAAGGACAUAAAAUGCACAAAUAAAAAACGAAAAAUAUAAUUAUAAAAAAUCCGAAAAAAUCAGGCAUACUCUAUACACGUAACCCAACAAUCUCACGAAGUUUCAUUAAAACAUUCAAUUUCACCCUAUAUAAUCAAGCGAGCGAGAGUUCCCUUUAGGGGGAAGCUCGUUCGAUCUGUGAUUUUGAAAAUUAAGAAAUUUUGCCAAUAAUCUUUACCUAGGGCUGGUAACUCAAAAAAAAUUGUGGGCCUCUGUGUUUCGUUAGGUACGUUAGACAAACAGUUAAACGUCCCCGCUGCAUCAGAAAUCGUUAGCACCAACAAAUCUGCACAGUGGAGUCAUUGAUAGGUUAAUGAUGUCGGGUUCAAUCUCUACAAUGUAAAGGUGUUCUUGAUGGAGACAGUUCAUUAGUGGGGGCGAAUAUAGAAAGGUUGAUGAUGAAAGGGGAUGUUGAUGAAUGACCAGUAAGAAAGAAAGAAAGAAAAAUAAAUUUAUUUGAGACAAAACAUCAGUAAAAAAAUAUAAAAACAAAACAUACUCAUAAUUUUUUGUCUCAAAUCUGUCCCAACUCAGCACGUGCUGAUGUUGCCAUCAGCGCUGGUCUUCCAUUGGGUUCCAACGGAAGACCAGCGCCGGUUUAGUGACGACACGAAACAAUAACAUUAACAAGUAAUAAAAUAAACAUAACAAAAUAAAAAUAAAAAAAAAACACGUACAUACUACAAAACAUAAAAUAAAAUAAAAAUACCAAAUCACGAAUACAGUGCGGCAAAGCAACAACAAUGUGGGUUCAGGGGGGCGCCACCGUUUACGCAAAUGACAUCUAUAUCAAGAUUGGUUGCACCCGGAGCGCAGGUUCCAAACGCAGCCCUGAUUGACAUUGCCAUUCAGAGACAAUUUUACUAUACAUUACAGUAGGCCUAUACGCUAACUGCUUUUGACAGAUGGAAGUGAUAAUCACCGAGCUAUUUAGUGAUCCACUACUGCUUUAUUAUAACGCUACUAAGAUACUUGUCCUGAAAAGCAUCGAUUGAGUUCAUCAUCAAAAAAAGUUAGCGAAUAGGCUCACAGGUCUCGCUGCAAUGGAAGUCAUCGAUCUCGUCCUCAAUAAUAUCCUGCUUGAAGGAAGUACUAUAUGGUUUCGAUAAGGAACAGCUUAAUCGGUAGGAUGAUGUUGAUGACUAACCAGUUCACACUGCAAGUCGUCAAGCUCGUCUUCCAUGAUAUCCAGCUCAUCGGUGUCCUUGGCUGGGAUGAUGAGGAGCUUGGUUUCCGGGCACGAGCUUGACACGAUAAGCUGGGAUGACUUUGGGAAUACCAGUCGAUGCGCUGUUCUGAACGGAAGAAUUUACUAAUUGUAAAUGUAUUACAAUCUGGAAUCUAAAGGUAAGGAGAAGCGAGAGCAUUCGGUAUGCGAUUGUGGUAGUUCAGCGAUUUACUCAAUGGUCAAUUUCGGAUGGGUUAUCAAAGUGUU